GUUAGUUUAGAAAAGUAAUAAUUUGUAAUUUCUGGACCUGGGUGCAGCCGAAUUAAUUAAUGGCUAGAAAGCCGCCGCCGAUACCUAAAACGCAUGGGCGUACGCCAGGACCUGUUGGCCAAGACACCCAAGCCAACAAUGAGAAGUUCCUUCACGAUGUGUUUAUCACCACCAACAAAUAUAGAAAGAUGCACGGGUGUCCUGAGCUGAAGAUCAACAAUGAGCUGAACAAAUAUGCCCAGGAAUGGGCGAAUCAUCUACGCGAUAAGAACAUAAUGGAGCAUCGUCCGAAACCCAAAUAUGGCGAGAAUAUCUUCCUAUCUGGUGGUAUGGAUGUAACGGGCGAUUUGCCCGUCGAAAUGUGGUAUCGGGAGAUCAAUGCCUUCAACUUUAAUAAGCCCAAUUUUUCGCCCACCUCUGGACACUUUACGCAGCUAAUUUGGAAGGCUUGUACCGAAAUGGGAACCGGAGUGGCACGCAGAGCGGAUCGUACUUGGGUGGUAUGCAAUUAUAAUCCACCUGGAAAUGUUAUGGGACAAUUUGCGGAGAAUGUGCCAAAAAAGUUGUAAUCAUCUUUUUCUGCUGUAAUACAGGUUCAGAAAUUUAA